AAAAAUGGCACCUAGCACGCUUUCUUCUCCACACUCCAAUUCAACUUGGACAGCCAAACAAAACAAAUCAUUCGAAAUCGCUCUGGCAACAUAUGAUAGGGAAACCCCUGAUCGUUGGCAUAAUAUUGCCAGGGUUGUUGGAGGGACGACUGAGGAGGAAGUGAAGAGGCAGUAUGAGAUCCUUCUAGCGGACAUCAACCGCAUUGAGUCAGGCAAAGUUCCCCUUCCUAAGUACAGGAAAGUCGGAGAAAGCAGCAUCAGCAGUGAAGAAAAGAGGCUAAAGGCCCUAAAGCUAUAAAGGAGCCCUCCAGCAGUAGACACAGCACCAAUUUCCUCUUGAAGUGGAUCUAGCAAAUUAGCAGUUAACCUAUAUCUCCACUCCCUUCCCAUUCCCUCCUACUUUUUUCCCGUAACUUCUACAUGCAGCAUACUUUUCUUUGUCUUGUUUGCACAUGUAACAAGUAAGAAUCUCUGCAGAUGCAAUUGCUUAUUUAUUUAUUUAUUUAUUUAUAAUCAUCAUUAAUUAAAGAGAGCAUGUAUUACUAUUAGCACAUGAUCAUUAGCUCCAGUUGCACAAGGUGGGUUGGGAUUAGGGGGCAGAAAUCUUAGGUUAAAAAUUAAAGAAAGGAAGCAUUAAAUAGCAUAUUACUAUAAUUGGCUAGUGGCUACCAAAUCCUUAACUUAAUACAAUAAAUUUUUGCUCAAAAAAAUAAAAAAA